CGAAAUCAGAAGAGAAUUGUUCGAAGUGCUGAUUCUUGGAUUCAUUCGCUUAACUAAGAUUUAAGUGAAGUUGUAGAAGUACAUCUUGAACCAAGCAAGAUGGCACUCGCUUCUGCUCGUUAUUCUUUAGGCAACCGUGCUCGCGGUGCAUCGCAGACAGAGGGCACGACUCUUGGUAGUCCGCCCAGUGCUUCUGCCGCGGGUAAAACGGGAGGACCAGGCUUUUCCGUCGAUCAAAAGAUUUGGACCGACCUGUUUGCCAAGUCAUCCCCUGGCGAUGAUCAUACAACUGGAAAAGGGCACGUCACUGGGCCGCUGCUGACGGUCGGGAUAGUCCGCGAAGUAAUGCCAGGUGGAGGAAUCACGGUAGAGGACUCAGCGCCAGCAAUAGGAUUUCACGCCAAACCCACUUCGCGGACUCUUCUCGCCAAAGAGGUUGCGACACGAUGCUAUCCGGCACCAGGGUACAACAGUUUUUUCAUGCACACCUGCUUCAUGGCUUUGAGUCAGGGUUGGCUUAGGGUAUUGAUUCCAAGAACUUGAACCGAUUCUACCCGCGGACUAUCAAUCGGGUACCUCUUAGCCUUUUCAUUGCGGUAUUCAUGACAGCUUUGUUGACUGAACACUAUUUAAGGAUGUUCAUUUGAUAUGCGAGUCUCCCAGUAUUGCAAUGUUUUCUAGGUCGGGCGCAUGCGCGGACAUGGGGGGCGCUGGUGGAGCCGGUUUGACAAGUAGCGAGCUCAUACAGGAGCUUCUUUUGCAUCGUUUUGCCGGCGGGGAUCUGUGCACGCAGGUUGGCCCGCAUGCCCUUGUACAGAUGAAUCCCAAUAAGAGCGCCGAUAGUGCCGCGUACUCGCUCACCCUUGUGCCUCGAUACACUCACGCCGCCAUCGCAGAUCGUGGCAGGGCUGAGACGCGCAAAAGCACGGUGGCUGGCCGGAAAAGCGCUCGGCGGGGGUCCAGCUUUGGCAGCGAAACCGGUGACGAUGACGCGUUACCGCCACAUGUGUUCCGACUAGCAGCCUCAGCUUACAAUCGCGCUGUGCGGACACGAGAUAGCAGCUUCGUGUAUGCGACGAGCUCAGGACCAGCAGCGGGAACUUCGCACACGUUCAGCCAGCUCCUGACGUACGCCACUGGGGUGGCAUCAAAUACGUCAAAUGCAGUAGAGCAGACCCGCAAGAUUAUCGAGGCGCGCGAAUUGCUCUCGCCGUUCAUCAGUGUGUUGAAAGAUAGCAGAGCACCUCCGCCAGCGGCUGCCGCAGGCACCGCCGGGGAGGCGGAAGCCGACAUCGAGGGCCGUGUGGAUCCCUUUCACCUGAAAAACAGCCCAAGAGAUUUCACAUCUGCCGAUGAAUCAAAGACAGUUGUGAAAGGCGGCUGGCGCAGUACGCAGGCUGAGGUGGAAUUGUCGCUCACGUACCGCUUAGUGCCGGACGAGGAUGCAAAGGCGCAGAGCUUGCAUAGCAACAGCGUGUCCACGGCAAAGCUUGCUAGAGCUCUGGGGGGAACGACGGAACAGACGGAAGGCUCCGCAAAUGAGGGGUCAGCAGCUCCGAAUGUUGCGGGACCGCCGGUUCGAGCUCCGGCGCUAGCAGCGUCUGCAUCCGUCAGCAAAAUUGUGGGGGCGCGCUUCGCAGUGCGCAACCUAGCCAUGGAGAAUGAGUUGGUGCAUUUAGAAAAAGAGGUUGACAAGGAGGAGGAUGAAGAGGAGAAGCUGCUGAAACGGACGGCAUAUGUCGAAAAGGAUCAGCGCACGUUUGAUAUCUUCUACCAGUACCUUGCGUACCUUCACGAGCACGGUGGACCGUAUGUGGACGCAGAGUACAGUGAAUUUCCAAAAGUUCUCGGUGGCGACGAUCUCCGCUCGCUUAAGGAAGACAAGGUACUCGUCGAUGAAGAUUUCAUGUAAUCGAGCUUAUCUGCUGCGAUCACCAUCACGAUCACAGAUGUUCAUUAAUACUGACCAUGCACAAACAGCUACGUUUUUUCAGUCAUGUUGUAUCAAUACCAUAAAUCAGUGUGCUUUUGACAGGUAGCGCUGAGUCAAACGCUGGCGUUGUUCGAGCAGUUUCGUGUGGACAAGGACGUGAUUUUUCGGAAGUUGGAUUUCGUCAUGUGGCUGUCGGGACUGAUUGAUCGUGUUCAUGAUGAAGAUGAUUCGCUAGAUGCACAUGCGUGGGAGAUGCUUUAUAAGUGCUAUGAGGAUGCUGUCCGUCCAGCGGCGGCUGCAGUUUCUCAGGCCGCCUUCGAGGAGGAGCUGACGCAUCCCGAGAAGCCGUCAGAGUCUGAGGGCGAAGAGGCACAGAAACGUGCGGAGGAGAAACAGGACGCAGUCCUGGAGCAGUGGUGCAAAAAAUUGCGGCGUUUGUGCGAAUGUGUUUAUGGCUCUGCAGUCGAGUACGUCGUCGAAUGCGUGAACACGGAACUGGCUGCAGUGAGUAAGGAGGCGGAAGCAGGUGAAGCUGCAGGAGAGACCGGGAAAGAGGGAAAAAGUGGUCAGAGGGCACAGUUAGUGCUGUCAGAAGGCCCGCUGGGGCGGCAUCAUGCGACGGGUGGGCAUGGGUCAUUGCCAGUUCUUUUGCAGAAUUUGCGAGCUGAUAUUGUGUGGCGAUACCGCGUGGCGGCGUGCGCGGGUACGACCGCGCACCAUCAUAUGGGCGAGGAACUCGCCAACCGGAUCGCGGCUCAACAAGAAGUGACGGACAACGCGGUGUCUUCGUCAACAGCGUUUCUUGACGAGAUCUUGCUCAAGCAGACGCUGGCCCGGCGAAGGGCUUCCGCGCGCGCUUCCAAAAUGCCAGUCGAUGCACAGCUGUCGGCCGCAGAACUGCGUAAGAGCAAGCAGCAGUUGGAAGAAGAAGUGACACAGGAAAUAGUAGACCGCGAUGUGGAGCCGCUGGAGGUCCUGCACGCAGACGGUGUCCUAAGGCACUACUCCGUGGACGCGGAUUUUCGCGCUCGUCUCGCCACAGCAGAUCUGUGCGCGCUCGGCAGCGUCGGACAUGAUAUGUGGCCAAAACACGCCAUUGUGGCGAGCGCUAAGGAGGUCAGCAGCACCGACGGCGGAGACGCAGCAGCUCAGCGGAUGGGAGUGAAACAGGCUCUAUUAGACUUCGCAGUAGAGACCAGAGAACGACUAGAAAGUGGAGGCGCGUUUUUUGUGCUCUGUGUGCGCGGCAACCGUCGCUGUGCGAGUCGGCUGCUAGAUAAGCGCAUUGUACUGCGCGAUAUCCAGCGCCACAGACUCUCAGACGUCGUAGCGUUGUUGCAGUGGCGUCGCAAGCGAGUGCUGCAGCCUCUAGUUGGCGGGCGUCCGGUCGAUCUCACGGCACUCUCGGACGCGGCGGCUGCUUUACUGCAAGCGGAAGAAGCUGUUGGCGUCAACAACCAAGACGAGCCAGACGACAACAAAAUGAAUAUUGAUGCGGCGGGCACCGCUGGCGCGACAACGAGGGCAUCCUCAGUCACAGUAGCGCAAGGCUUGUCGGGGCCGCUGCAGGCAGGAUAUUCAGGCUUGGGGAAGCAGAUGCAACGGGCGUUACGAGCGGAGCGCUCGGCACUGUACACGUCGCCGGAGGGAAAGGCGGCCAUCGUGAAACUGCAAGGGUGGAUUCGUGGCGUUUUUGCCAUUCGUUGUAGACAAUGGCUGCAAAAUAUGCGCGCGGAAAUCGUGCGGACGACGAUGCAGCAGGAGGACCCUGCUGCGGAGCGAGGCCACUUGGAGGCACUAGUUGCUACUUGUCAGCAGGCUGGUUACGGUGGCUGGUCCGAAUGCGCGCACGCGAUCGAGGUUAUAGAGGAGCAUGGAGGAGAUGUUAGCCACUUAAAACUACAGGAAAGAAGUGGUGGCAGGCAGUCGGGGCGCGUAAGUGGUGUGGCGGUGGAUGGAAGGAAAGGCAGUGCAGCGCCUAAGAAUCUGAGGGCUGAGGGUGAGUCUGCGAGUCCCGGGUCAGCGCGUUCCAGCAAAAGGCAGGUUUCGGUCGUUCAACCGGCUCCGACCUCACAGAGGCUCUCUGAGUUGAGUGCUCCUAAGAAAUUUGUGACAUCGCCAGACGCGAAGAAGGGCGCUUCGCCGAAGAGAGCUACGGCGAAGAAAUCCACAAUGCGAUCGACGUCACCAGGCGACAUUCCGACUGACGAACCCAAGGAGACUGCUGAGGAGAGGCAGGCGCGCAAGCAGGAAGGCCUCAAGCGACUCCUGAAACAGACGAACGCUCGUGAAGCGAAAGUUGUCACGGCGCGUCCAGCUGGUAACGUCUCGCCGGGAGGGCGCACACGCGAUUGGGUGUUACCUCAAACGGAGCCUACUGAGGACCACAGCACGACCCCUGCAGAGCGGACUGGAAAGUCACAGAGAGUUACGUUGCAGGCUGGGUCUGAAAAGCGAGACAUCUGCAGUACCAGGGCUGUUUCCGCGAGACUGUCGAGCGGAGUCCCCUCGAGACCGAGAGAGAGCGAAGCCGCGCCGAAUCUGCAUGUAUCUAGACCGUCGAGUACGGCCACGACUCCACGAGUUCUUCGGCCGUCAGCUGCGAAUCUCGUUCCUGGCCAGGCGUUGGACACACAAAAGCCCCGCACAUCGGCGGUUACGGGCAAACCGCUUACACAAGCCGAGGCGCAGUCGUUGUCCAGCGAGGACAUGCGAUCUCUGUUGUCUGACCCCGAAUUUCUGCGCACUCGGGAGGAGCGCGACACAGCGCGGGAGCGGGCGGACGAGUUGCGGCAGACGCUCGAGGUCAAGCAGGAACAGCUUCAGAUUCUGAAAGAUCGCUACACCCCUAUUCAGAGACAGCAGCUGAGACAGCGCAGUGCCAAGCUUGAGGCGUAUUUGGAAACACUUCGUCGCAUCACCACGGAAAUGCUGCCCCACGCGGAGAAGAUUAUUCAGACGAUCGAGGAUCGCGCGGACGAUGAAGUGGUGGCAGCCGAGCUCGCCAAAGGCGCUGGACACAAGCCGGGCGACGUAGAUCAUAACAGUAUAAGAGAGUUGCUUGUCGUGCGUGACUUCUUUCGAAAUGUCAUGAAGGUCUCGACGUCUCACUCAGCAGGACGUGAAAGCAUGAUGACCGACGCCUUAACAGAAAGAGGAAGCAUAAAGGCGAACUGGCGGAGUUAGUUAAAUAAUAUACUGACAAGGUCACUGUCACUUCUACUACUUGUGCUUGCCGACGACGAACAGAAGUGAGUUCUUCCAUGUCUUCAAUUCUACCAUGCUGUACUGACCUCAAUCCAUUCUCUUCAUCACAUUGAUUCACGACAUGGUUUCAAGUAGCUCGGGUUCUUCCCCUUCUGGUGAGCAGAGUAUGUUCCAAGAACUACAAGCUGGAUAUUAAGUUGGUGUGAGCUUUUUUUCUAAUUCACUAUCUAAGGCCAUGAUGAUUCCUACGACACAAUGAAUGUGCUAGAAGCUGCUUACACGUGUGCUAGAGAUAGUGUGAAAGCCGUCCCGAAAAACAGCGGACGGCUGGAGUUUGG